CAGUGUGGAAGGAAAAACAAGAUGGCUUCUCUCCUGGAUUCUUACGAGCAGCAAUACAGCAAUGUCACCGCCGAAAUUACCAACAAAAUCGCCAAAAUUGCCAAAUUAUCCGGCGGUGAAAAGAGACACAUGGUCACCAAUGUGGAAAAACAGAUGGAAGAGGCAAAAGAACUGUUAGAACAGAUGGACCUGGAGGUUCGAGACAUUCCUUCCAAGGAGAGACAGAAGUACGCCACAAGACUAAAGAGCUACAAGACAGAGCUGGGCAAGCUCGAGAAGGACUUUAAGAAGGCCAAACUACACGGAGCAUCAGGCAGUAGAGAAGAACUGCUGGGGCCAGACGACCCAUCCCACUCAGAGGACCAGAGAACCCGACUGUUAGACAACACAGAAAGGCUGGAGAGGUCAGGGAGAAAACUGGAGGCAGGGUACAGGAUGGCAGUGGAAACUGAACAAGUUGGAGCGGACAUUUUAGAAAACCUUCAUCAGGACAGAGAGAAGAUCCAGAGGUCCAGAGAUAGGUUGCGGGAGACUGACAGUGACCUGGGAAAGAGUUCACGUAUCCUGUCAGCUAUGAUGAGAAGAAUAAUCCAGAAUCGAAUAGUGCUGUUCGUGGUCAUUGCAGUUAUUAUCCUAGUCAUUGCUCUCACUAUAUACUUCAGCACAAGGAGUUAAUCUUAAAACAGAGCAGCUUUGGGAAGUCACUCAAAUAUAGCACAAUACACUAACUACCUAUUGUACAUUGCAUUGGUAUUUAUUAACAUUAGGCCACACCAAUUUAAUUUAUUCUUUCUCGGAUUUUUUCAGAAAAAA